GAGGAACAUUUGCAGGAAGUAAAAGUCGUUGUCAUGGUAACAGAAGCUUCCUCUCCCAGAGAGCAGCGCGUAAUCAUGUGACAGACGUGGGAUCGCGUGACGGGGAAGAUGUCUUCGCUGGGGGAGAAGGAGUUCUCUGCUCUGUUGCUGCUGUUGAAGGCGCCUUCCAAGGAUGUGGUUGGGGGUCUCUGCCGGGAAUCCUUCCCCAAGUCUUCAGUUGUCUCUGUGCACUUAAUAGAAAGGACUUCAUCCAACCUGUCCAUCAGCUCAGAGGAAGCUUCCCAGCUAGUGAAGGCUGUACAUAGUCUGAGCCGGCACGUGGUGUGUAAGGGCCUGGCUACUGCCGACGAAAUUCUCCCAGUGUUCCCAGAAAACUUCCAUCAGAACCUGAAGAACCUCCUGACCAAGCUCAUCCUCGAGAAUCUGUCGGCCUGGAGAAGUGACGUGCUGGACUCUCAGAUCUCUUUGCCCCGUUUAGUCGACCUGGACUGGCGAGUGGACAUUAAAGCCUCCUCGGAUUCCGUCGCUAGGAUGGCCGUCCCUACGUGUCUGUUGCAGAUGAAGAUCCAAGAGAAUCCCGAUCUGUGUGGAUCAGAGCCGGCAAUUAACACUGUAACCAUGGAGAUGAGCAAGGAAACCCUGGACACGAUGCUGGACGGACUUGGGCGGAUACGGGAUCAGCUUUCAGCAGUCGCUAAUAAGUAGCCUUCAGCCUCCCCCCAAAACCACAGAAACAGGACAAGCAGCAGAAGCAACUGCAUUAAACUAGGGAUCCAGAGAGGCCAGACACUGCUUCCAGGCACCAGCUGAUGUUUAGACAUGAAGACAGAUAUAUAAAUAUUAUGUGGGUCAGGAUUGUCCAACUUCAGCCCUUAGUGAGUUCCAGGUAUGUUAGACCUUCUGGAGUUGCUGGGAAUGGCUGUCUUUUUUUUUUUUUUUUUUUUUAUAGCGCCAUAAUAUUCAAGAUUAUCUGAUAAAUGCUGAAAACGUCAUGCUAUAAUUCACAGACUCUGCUUUUUUUUUAUUAUCAGUCACAUGGCCGGUGAUGUAACCAUGUCUGUAAUCAAAUCUCCGCCCCCUGAUUUAGGAUGGAGUCGCACUUAACUAAUAAACCAUUACUGGCAGGAAAAAAUCCUCUGUGGAAUACACUUUUAUUUGUCCAGCAGGGGGAGCUGUUUACCGUUGACAUUUUUAGCCUAAAGUCUGGUUAUACCAGCGCCAGUGCAUUCCCGAUGGAUUGGAAAUAUUAAUCAAUAUGUUAGGCUUAAUUACCCUGAAAAUAAAUGGAUUUUUUUUCUCUAA